AUGUGGGCCUUUGCCUGCAUUCUCCCCAUCCUCUGCGGACCCAGCUUUGCGGCGUCGCUUGACAAAGAUCACGAGGCCAUCCACAAGCAGAUCCAGAUCCAGGUCCAAGCUGAUGGCUCUCUCUCGUCCAUGGCUGCAGCACAGGUGAUGCGCCGGCAGAAGGACCAACUGUUGACAUCGACCUUCGAUGUAAGCAAUCGCUCUGCCCCAGAGCUCGGCCACGUGGAGAAGGACAAGGCCGUGGGAAAUCAGUCAAAUAUCCCGAGCGUUCUCGCCAACGUGACCCAUGCAGCGAAGGGCACAUUGCCCAGCGAGUGGCUACAUAGGAGGAAGCUGCUUCAAUCCGAGGCGAGCAAGGUCUCGCUCGCUGCCGUGCUGCUUUUCGGCACUGUGGUUACGACGGGCCUGGGCAUUGCGGGCUUCCUGUCCUAUCUGCUCGUAGCUCCGCGCGUGGUCAUGAAGCGACGGCCCAUCACGCAAGCAGGAUCUGCCGGCAUGUACCGGCGUUCUUCGGAGAAGGAGGGCCUCGUCUUCGGCCGCUGA